AUCGACCCGUCCCGGCGCUUAGGAGACGCGCGAAGUGGAUCGGUUGGUAAUCGCGAGUGGGAGCCGGAGCCGCCCGCGGGCAAGGGAGCGCUUCACCGCCGCUAUGUCCCACUCGGUGGUCCUGCGUGGUCCUUCUCCGUGGGGUUUUCGUUUGGUGGGCGGUAAAGAUUUCAGCGCCCCGUUGACCAUCUCCAGGAUUAACCCUGGCAGUAAAGCAGCCAUGGCAAACCUGUGCCCAGGAGAUGUUAUUCUGGCAAUUAACGGAGAGAGCACGGAGAACAUGACGCACCUAGAAGCACAAAACAAGAUCAAAGCAUGCAUGGACCAGCUGUUGCUCUCCGUGAACAGAGCUGAAGGGAAGACCUGGUCACCCCCUGUUCUGGAAGAUGGCAAGGCUCAAGCGUACCGGAUCAACAUAGAGCCAGAACCGCAGGACAACGGGCCUGCCCAGAGCAGGAGACCGAUGCCUCACGGGGCCGGCGGCAGCCCCAUGGACAAGCAGCAGAUGCUGAACGUGCAGCACCACCACCCGACCCGGCUCUACACCAACAGCGGCUCCGAGUCGGCUCUGCCGGGCCAGCUGAGCGGGCUGCACAUCGCUCCCGCCCAGAGCCUCGACCCCUUGAAGUCUCUCCCCCGGAACAGAAAUGGGAUUGAUGUGGAGUCGGAUGUCUACAAGAUGCUUCAGGAUUAUGACAAGCCCGUGUCAGAGCCUAAGCAGUCUGGAUCCUUCCGGUACUUGCAGGGCAUGUUGGAGGCUGGCGAGAACGGUGAAAAACUCGACAAACUGAGCAACCCCCGAAACAUCAAGUCCCCAGUGUCAAAGCUCGGCGGUGCCAUGUCCGGGCUGCAGAUGCUCCCCGAGUGCACGCGCUGCGGGAACGGGAUCGUGGGCACGAUCGUCAAAGCUCGGGACAAGCUCUACCACCCCGAGUGCUUCAUGUGCGACGACUGCGGCCUCAACCUGAAGCAGAGAGGGUAUUUCUUCAUCGAAGAGCAGCUGUACUGCGAGACGCACGCGAAGGAGAGGGUUAAGCCCCCCGAGGGAUAUGACGUGGUGGCUGUUUAUCCAAAUGCUAAGGUUGAACUCGUCUAAACUCGGGCUGUGCUCCGGAGAGGUCGGGCGGCCGUGCGCCCACCCACGUCCUCCCCGCCGGCUGCGCAAUGUGGCUGUAAUCAACCCCGAUUACCAAAGCCCAAGUUAAAAUGCCUUUUCCUAGAUAAAACCGUUUACACUUGGGAUCUCCGGGGGAUGGUGUUGAAAGCAUACCAACAGGUUUUUCCCUUCUUUUUGACACUCUGCUUUUUGGGUUGCUGUGUUGGGUUAUUAGUCUGUGCCAUAACCUUACCCAAGAUCUGUGUAAAUAUUGAUUAAUUCUCUAUUUUGUUUCGCAUAAAACCAGUAUUCCUUUUUUUUGGUUUUUUUGCCCCUCUCUUCUUCUGAAAAAGCAAGGAAGAUGUUUUAAAAGCUCAAAGAAAGUAAGGCACUUUAACAAAAGAAGCUGACUCCUAUAUCCUGACCUUAAUCUCCCGCCCUCCGGCUGCCCCCGUGGUUAAAAACCGACCCCCUGAGGAGUCUGGGACGUGGUACUGGUGGGUUGGGGUCCCCGGCUCAGCCCCAUCCCAGCAGAUGUGCCGAAGAAAAGUGGUCUCUUAAAACAGUAAUUGCUGUGAAAUUCCCUGGAUCAGGGCACUGCAGUUUGAGGCUGACACGGACCGAUCCAUGUUCCCCGAGAGAUCUCCACCCUGAGCAUGCAACGAGGCUUUUUUUCUUCCUCCUUUCACUCCGAACUCAGUUGUUCUGUCAUCUAAUCCCCCGAGCAGCACCUUUUAAAGGACACUGAAACAGCACGGAGCCCGCCUCAGCUAUUCCCACCUCCCACCCCAAGGCUGUCCUUGCUUUGGUCAUUCUGACUCUUCCCCAGCUUUUGCAAUAUUUUUGUAGUCCUUUAUUUCUAGAUCCCCGUUCUGCUGCCAUCUGGGUCUGCCUCGCAGCGGGGCCGGGGGGCGGUGGUGUGUGAUAAAAUCCCCCCAGGCACUUGGGAAGUCACUGGAGCAGCGGUGAGGCCAGCUGUGAGCCCCGGGGUCAGGUUCAUCCCUGUAUCCCCAGGCAGUGCUUUUAGCCAGGUCCAUCGUCCAUUUUAUUUGACAGGGGAAAAGUUUUUGAGGAUCCUGGGAUGUUGCUUUGUUGGAGAAAUGUGGGUUGGUUUGUUUGGGUUUUUUUCAUGUUAGUGUUUGGAGGAGAGAGAAUUUAGUCACCCAGCUGCCGGGUGCCACCGUGGGUGGUGGUAGGAGCCGUGUGUUUGGUACCAUGAGCUUUGUUCCGCUCUGCGACAGCCUCCUUCCUCCUCCUCACUUGAGAGAGGGAGGAGGUAAGGGAGAAAAAGAAAUGUCUGUGCUCGCUUCCCCUUCCUGGAAAAGGAAAAUAAGAGAUGUGGUGAUGGCCGAAGCACUCCUUCCCCUUCUGGCUCCCCAUAGCGGGGGCUGAGAACUCUGGGACUGGGGGAAGGUUGGGAGCAGUACCCAGUCGGGGCUGGGCACGCAAUUUCUUCCUCCAGGUUCUGCGUCCCAGAGGGAAUAAGGAUUUUAGGGUGUUACAUGGCUGCAUUUAGGCCUUUCCGUGUGGUGUCUUGUAGGGAUUGAAGCAGCUCCUUCCCCGUGUCCGGCAGCCUCCUGGCAGGGCUGGGUGCCCGAGCGCGCAUCCCGGCUGGGUACCGCCUCGCAGCCGGAGGGAUGCUGGCCCUGCGCCUUCUGCUGGCACCAGAACUUCCACCUCCCCCUCCUUCUGCCAUCAGGAUUUUUAAUUGUUAAAGUAUAAGAAACACAUGGAAACUUUUAUCACAGUGCUGAGCCUAGUUUUUCUUGUAUUUACAUAGCCUUGCUUGGUAGGUUGGAUCACCUGAAGGGAAAUACUUUGGACAACUGUAAAUGAUGAGGAGACUAACAAUAAUCAGGUGGGAAGUGUUACUGCCCUUGGUUACAGGCCUCAGCUUGGAGCUCGUUGGUUUGCCACUGCCAGAAACAUUUGUUCUGAAUUCCUCCAGUAACCUGGGCCCAGCUCCGGUGCCCGUAGCUCUGAAGGUCAGGCGUCACCCAAACCCAGGACUGAUUGCAGCUCGGCUGAGCAAUGGAAAACUCAUGACACGAAUGGCCCCGCGGCUGCCCGCUGGGGCUGUGUGUCGCUCUCUGCAGCUCUUGUCCCCUGCUCGACUCCAGCUGCGUGGCCGCUGCGUCCUGGGGGGAUGCCGGGCAUCUUGCAGCCCUGGCACAGGGAACACCUUGAAAAUGAGGGCAACGAAACAAUGAAUGAAUUUCCAACACCAAACCGAGCGGGCUGCUGGCGGGGCAUCCGUGGUGGUCUGUCCUGGUUGCUGGACCAGUACAGCACUGGGAGCACUGGGCCACGGGGCUUUUCUUUUAAUUUGAAACCAAGUUCCCACAAAUGAAUUUUUCCACGCAGUUGUCUCGUGAUAACCUUUCUUAGGAGCAAUCAACUCAUUUGAUCCCCCCACGGAGCUUGGAGCUGGAGCCGCCUCGCACAACCCCAUCCCAGGGCACGGUGAUGCCUGGCUACGGGCCGCCUCAUUCACAUUAUGUGGGGUCUGGGGGGGCCGCGAGCGAGCCUCCCCGUGUCGCUGGGUAAUGCUAUUUAACUCUGUAAAACGUGGGUAGGGAGCCGUUUGUAUGAAAUACAAAAUAAAAUUGUAUUGUUGGUUUUA